CCCAAGUCAAUACCGCAUCCAACUUUGGAAUUUGACCCAUCCCAGAUCAUAAAACGCUAAGAUAACAAGUCACUUUUUUGUGUUUCCAAAUUUUGCUCGAGAAAUUUUGCUAAUGGAAGACCCAGAGAAAAAUGUUCAUGUUGUUGCUCAGAGACAGGAGAAAAACACAGGAAAAAUGGGGUUCUGGGGAUUGCUAACCAGUCCUAUAGAUUGGUUAAAAAUGCUUUGUGAAGAGUUGCAUUGGAGCUUUGUGUUGGGCGUGGUCAUUGUGUAUGGAAUCAGUCAGGGUCUGGGUGUGGGACUGAGUAGAGUUAGUACACAGUAUUACAUGAAGGAUGAGCAGAAAAUGCAACCCUCCGAAGCUCAGGUGUAUUUUGGGAUGAUUCAAAUUCCUUGGGUUAUUAAGCCUCUCUGGGGUCUCUUCACUGAUACCGUUCCAAUUCUAGGGUACCGGAGACGGCCGUAUUUUUUUUCCGCAGGUUUUAUUGGCAUCAGCUCCAUGCUUGUGCUAUCACUACACAAGAGAUUGCAUCUUGCAUUUGCGAUGUUUUCUCUAAUAGCAGGCAGUGCUGGAAUAGCUAUAGCAGAUGUUACCAUUGAUGCUUGUGUGACGCAGAAUAGUAUAAGUCAUCCCUCCCUUGCUGGUGACAUGCAAAGCUUGUGUGGACUGAGCUCUUCCAUUGGAGCACUGAUAGGAUUUUCACUCAGUGGCUUUUUUGUUCACCUAGUUGGGCCUAGGGGUGUUUUUGGGUUGCUGAGCAUUCCGUCUGGACUGGUUGUUCUGGUCGGAAUGCUGCUGAGGGAAUCCCGUGUUCAUAACUCUGGGUACAGGAGGGUAAGUGAGAAGCUAGUGGAUGCUGGUAAGACUAUGUGGACAACAUUGAAAGUUCGGGAGGUGUGGAGGCCAUGUUUAUACAUGUACUUAUCACUUGCCUUGGCCCUGAAUAUCCAUGAAGGAAUGUUUUAUUGGUAUACAGAAUCCAAGGGAGGCCCAUCUUUCUCACAGGAGGUUGUUGGAUCCAUAUCCGCUAUUGGUGCUGUUGGCUCACUCUUUGGGGUUCUUAUCUACCAAAACCUUUUAAGAAACAAACCUUUUCGUGGCAUACUUUUCUGGAUUCAACUGCUAUAUGGUGCAUCCGGAUUACUAGAUUUGGUGUUGGUUUUACGCAUAAACUUGAAAAUUGGUGUACCAGAUUACUUCUUUGCGGUAAUUGAUGCAGCCAUUUCUCAAAUGAUUGGGCGUAUUAAAUGGAUGCCUCUACUUGUACUUAGUUCCAAGCUUUGUCCUGCUGGUAUAGAAGGCACUUUCUUUGCUUUGCUUAUGUCAAUUGAUCAUGUCGGGUUGCUUACGUCAUCUUCAGCAGGGGGCCUUUUACUCCACAUUUUGAAGGUUACACGGACACAGUUUGACAACCUUUGGGCGACUAUAUUGAUUCGGAGCUUGUUGCGAAUAGUUCCAAUUGGGUUCCUAUUUUUAAUACCCAAAAGUGAUCCCAACUUGUCUAUUCUUUCAACUGAGAUGAUGAGGACAAAAAAAGGUACCAGUGUCUUUGAACCUGAGACCGUUGAAAUGGUCUCCCUUAUCAAUAGCUCUUGACCAGAAUUGGGGAUGUAAUAAAAUGCAGCUUGAAAGAAAACAAGCAUGUUAUAGGAAAUUAUGCUAACUGCAUUGGAAAUACUGCUGAUUAUCCACAACCUGGAAAAGGUUUGCCAAGCAAUGUGAUCGGAGAUUCCUGCUGACAGUUCCUUGAAAAUACUGACUCAUUUCUCUAGAAAAAGUUGUUGAAGAGGGGGCCAUUCUCUGAUUCGGAAAUCGUAUGGACUGAUUUAU